ACGGCGGCCGUAUAAAUGAAGGAGGCUGGACAGGGGCUGUCAGACCCUGUGGGAGGCGUCAGCUUAGCCGGUGGCCGCAGCUGGAGUGGGCUGCGAGACGCGGGCAUGGGGCGCUGGGCAGUCCUCGCUGUGGUGUUGGUCUGGACCUGUCUCGUCUCCGCUCAGGUGGACCAGCCGUACAAGGAUAUCAAAAUCAAUGGCGUGGCGCCAUGUGACAACAAUGACGAAUUGGUUGUGGCAAUUCGAGAGCAUGCUGUUGAAAGGAUAGAGCGGUCGGUACUAGAGGCGAACGUCACAACUGAAGUAACAAAGGAACUUCCCGUUGGCUUGAGCGUGAAGGUGGAAUUCACGAGGUGUGACUCCAAAUCGCAGCUGUCUAGCUGCUCUCUCUUCUUCGAGGAAGAGUUUGAGGACUUCUGUGACCGCAUCAACGAUCCCAACACACCCUGGUCGAACGCCGUCAAGACAACAUCUCCACCGGUCGAAUGUCCCGUGCAGCCGGACACUUUCUUCACUUUAGGCACGCUGAUAGACGCUACCACAUUGGACAACGCCCCAGAAGGCUACUGGAUGGCUAAGCUGCAAGCGGUGCGGGACGGUGAAACUGUAUUUUGUCUCCAGGCCGAUGCGAAAAUCAUAGAAGUUGUAAUGUAAUCGCUAAAGACCCGGCUUAUGAUUAGCUACUCAUAAUAAUGUUUUUAAACGGAUAGAGGCUGUUUAUUCUCCAGAAUAUGAGCACAAAGGGAAGAACCAGGUGGUAACUACGCUUAUUUUGUGUACCUUGAAUGUAAUUGUAUUUAACUUGUCGUCUGUAAAGCUGAUAAUAAAAGAUAUACAGAAGAGA